AUGCCGAGGCAACCAAACCAAGUCUUCCAGUUACGCAUGUGAUGUAGUUUAAGUCUCAAGCUGCGGCUUGCAACCAAGUCUUCCAUUUUAGCCUUCCAUGGUUACCGCUCGUCGCAACUCCGUGUUGAGCGGCGACCGUCGUCUUCAAGGAUAAGACGCGUGGCAAGAAACCACUUGUCUACUACUGUUAAUAUAGCUCAGUCAGCGUUAUCAUUAAGGAAGUGUUGAUUUCGAGUCACCACACUUGAAGGGAAAUUGCGUUAAUAGAGUCAAGAGGAACCAGGCUUGCUCUCAAGGCUUCAAGACAGGCCGUGCUAGGACCGAAGGCGGGUGUGGCAAGAAGGCGCCCGUAGUUCUCCAAACACGAGGCAGUCCCGCCCCCUCCUGACUACUGUCACCCGUCGUGCCACACGCUGGGCACAGGUGGUGCCACCGACCGGUGCCCACUCUCCGCCGGACGCCAAGGCCGAUACAGCGGCCGAUACCUUGUCAAGGCUCAAGGCAGCGAAAAGACAAGCGGGCAGGUAAGGGAUUCAGGAUCCUCCGAGGCCUAAAGAGAAGAUUACAGACACGGGCACAGGGAAGGGACCCCAAAGUCCUCAAGAGAAGAUAACAAGAGGAAAAGCACGAGAGGACGAAGGUUCUCACCCGAUAGAACAAAGGUUCUUCAGCGACGCCCGAGAGCAGACGCCGAAGGGACGAUCGGUACCAGAUCCCUGCAGGCGGGUAUAGCCUGCCUGCAUGGCGACGCCCACGAGUGCCAUGAGUACCGUGGGUGGGCAGGACGGCAAGAGCCCCUGCAGCAGCGGCAGUAGCGAGAACAGAAGCAACUUGUCCGGGGGCGGCGGCCCCUGGGAGCAGCUCGUGGCCUCCCUGCUAGCGCAGCACACGGCGCUCCUCCAUAAGUUGGCCUCCGCCGCCUCCGCUGCACCCUCCUCAUCGCCCGCCGCCGCCGCCGCCGCUGCCCUCGCGUGCCCAGCGGAUCCCUCGGGCACGGCAGGCGCCCUGCUGAGGCCGCUACAGCACACUCACCACCUCCGGUCGGCCGCCCUCAGCCUCGGCCACUACGCCCGGCGCAACUGGCGGAACCGAAGGAACCGCCAGAGGAAGAAGCUCAGGAGGUUUUACAACAACAACAAUAACAAGAACAACAGCGAGAACAACAACAAGAGCAGUGUGACCGGCAAGGGCUUGGGAGGAAGAGCCGGAGGAGGAGAAGGCGAAGGAGGUGCAGAAGCAGAAGGAGGGGAAGGAGGAGGGGAAGAAGGAAGCUGGUCAGGUCACGCCCCUUCCCUUGCUACCGCCACGGCCAGUAGUACCACCAUCACGACCACACACGUCCGCCGCACACUCCGCUCGGUCGUCAGUGUGCGGGAGACUCACGCAGUAGCGGAGGCCCAGCAGGAGAAGAACUCCCGGCUGAAGGAAGCUUUCGGCAUCUCGGAGUACUUUGUGGAGGGGUCGUCCUUGGACCCCAACCGCAAGGCCAAGGAAGAGGUGGCCCGGGCCGCUGCCGAGAAACAGAAGGCGUCCGUGCUCGAGGGUCAGGCGGCCGAGGUCGGGAAGAGGUACGGCUGGGUGCACACCCCCUCCCCCUCGCCCGAGCGGUCGGCGAAGAAGGACAAGAAGGACAAGAAGAAGAAGAAGAAGAGGAGCAGGGACAGGUCUUCAAGUGCUGAGUCUCGUAAAAAGCACAAGUCGAAGAAGAGCAAGCGCAGCAGGAGCGAGUCACCUAAGCGCAAGAAGCGAGAUAAGAAGAAGAAAAAGGAAAAGUCGAAGAGGCGCCAUCGCUCCUCGUCCACCUCCUCCUCGAGUUCGUCCUCGUCCUCCUCCUCGUCAUCGAGCUCGGACUCUGAUAGUGCCGUAAGGAGCAAGUCCAGCAAGCGCAGGCGUUCGCGCAGUCCCGCAGCCCAAAGGGACUCAUCAGAGUCUCGGCGCAAGAGAAGCAGAAGUCGUGAGAAGUCUCGCAAGAAACCACACCACCGCGCAGAGAGGUGAGGUUGCUGGUUCUGCAGCGCUACUACCCGCGUUGAUGAGGGAUAUUUCAGUAUCUUUUAUGUUUUUAAAAAAAUUCAUGCACUGACCACAUUCUGUUCUAUAUGAAUUGCUCAUAUUUAAGUAGCAGCCAACAAAGGGAAGUAAUAGCCUACUUUGAUGUUCUGUUUCAUUGUCCAAUUUACCUGAUUUUGUAUUUAUUUGUAGUUGUAUGAUUUUGUCUGAACAUUAUUGUUUUAUUUCCUCUCUAAGAAAUAAGGUAAUUUCCAGAAGAGAGCUUUGUACACUAGCAUUUUAUGUUUUUCUUUGACUGUGGUUUAUUAUGAACCCAAUUAAGUUUAGUCUUUAGAUUUUUUUCUUUGUAUCAUUAGUUUUAGAAAGGAAAUACAUAUUUUUCUUUCCAAUUUUUUUUUUUUUCUUUCUUUCUUUCUUUUUAUUUUUAUUUGUAAUAUUUCUCUAGAUUUUGUACGGAUUAGUGAAUAAAGAUUUGAUGUACUCUC